AUGAAAUAACCUGAAUAUAAAUGCACAGAAAAGCUAUGGAAGCCGAUAGUUAGACCUCCAAGGCAUAAUUACCGUUUAAAAGAUAUGGGGAAUGAAAUAUUUAUGGUUCAGGACACUGUGGUCAAACGAAUAGACUUUGAAAUGGUAAACAGUCGCGGACUAACUCUUCAGUGCAGUUUAUUUGAGCCUGUAAGAAUGUAAGACAAGCCCCAUUGCUGCAUGAUUUAUUUACAUGGGAACUCCAGCAGCAGAGUGGAGUCUCUAACAAUACUUGAAUAUUUACUUCCUUAGAACAUUUCGGUUUGUGGAAUUGAUUUGUCAGGUUCUGGCUAAUCCUAAGGAGAGUACAUUUCAUUAGGAUUCUAUGAAUCAAGAGAUGUAGUUGAUCUCUAUAAUUAUUUACGUUCAAAUAAACCAUUUAUCACUUAAAUCGGUUUGUGGGGUAGAUCCAUGGGUUCAGUCACAGCCAUCAUAGCAGCUAGUUUGAAUUCUAACUUCAAAAUGCUUGUUUGUGAUAGUCCCUUCUCAAAUCUGACUCAUUUAUGUUAGGAAUUGGCUUCUAAUACUUAUAGCAUUCCAGGAUGCUGCUUCAAUUGCUUUUGGUGUUUUGUCAAAUCCAAAAUAAGAAAGGAAGCCAAAUUUAAUAUUGAUGAUUUGAAUAUCAUUCAAAUUAUACAAACCUUACCAACUGAUGUUUCUAUUGUCUUUCUAUCAGCCAAAGGUGAUACGCUCAUUAGAGAAAAACACCCUAAAGUUUUAUCGGAAAAGUUUAGAGGAAUUAAAGAAUUAAUAUAGUUUGAAGGCACACACAAUUCCAAAAGGCCAAUCGAAGUUAUGAAAGCCACAGUCUAAUUCAUAGUUGCUUUUAUGGAAAAAAAUGAUUAACACUCUUGUCUAAAGGAUACAAAAGUUUCAUUGAAUUGUAAGGACUAGAUUCCAAUUACUGAUGUUGUAGUUCCUCUAUUAUAUUCUGAAAGACCAUACAUAUCCAAAACAGAAAAAUGA